AUGGCACAAACAGGCUCCGAGAGACCCAAAAAGAAACGCAUUCGGAAAUGGACCGCUGAGGACAGAGCUGUUCUUCGCGAGUUUGAGAAGUCCAGCAGUGAGGCAUUUGCUGAUCGUGAUAUCUUGCUCAAAAGGUUCGAUAGCCUUCGAUCCUUGAGCCAGCCAGAUGCUUCUGUCCUGCGACAAGCCCUGCCAAUUGAUCCGGCUGUCCUCAAACUCCUGAAAGAGGAAAAGAAGGCAGAGGCCAAUCGAAGAACAUCGACAGGAAAUCCCUGCAUCGAUGGUUCACAACAAGAUCAGCCACCUUCUGCCUUUGCGCCGAUGCCUUUUGUACCUGUUUCGGGUGAUUGGCUGUCUCAAGUGACAGCCCACAACCAAAUUAUCCCGCAAAUUCUACCCAUAGCAUACAACUCAACGGAUUUCAAUUGA